UUCUGAUAGCUGUCAUUCCAUUGGUGAGGUUGGUAAAUAUUGCAAACAAACAUGGCUUCGGAAACAGGUGGAGUGAAACCUAUGACCAUCGCCGGCCGUAUGGUCCGUGAACGCGAGCGUUUGGUUGGCAUGAGCGACCAAGAACGCGCCUGGCGUAAGCAAUGGCUCAAAGAUUUGGAAUUGCACCAUGGACCACGUCAAGUUCCAGCCUUGGAAAAGGAAUUAAUGAAUCCCAUUAAGCGUGCCUACAGAGCACCUUUGGAUGCAGUUCACAAAGCUUUGACUCCUGUUUUGGGAUUCCAACGUGCCUGGACUAUUCGCUUCUGGACCGGCAAAGUUGCUCUUUUCUCAACAUUUGUCUUGGCCGCCCAUUACUAUUUCAAAUACAAUCGCAAUGAUUGGACUCGUAAAGGUGGCUGGCGCGUAAUUACAUCCCGCAAAGCUUGCAAUCCCGGCGAUGAAGGUUUUCCCAGGCUGUCCGAUAGAACACAGCCUUCUGAUUAUGCUGCCCGCGGAUUUAAACAAUCGCCCAUAUAAAAUGUGUUUAAAAUGCUUUUAUGUGCCGUGUAAAUGCUUGGCAUUUUCCUCAAAAUUAUAAACAAAAACAUUUUAUUUAUAA